AUGUUUAGCGCUCUUGUCAUUUGCCUGUUUAUCGCAUGCAGUGCAAUUGCAGCUUCAACUGGUCAUGAAGUCGUCUGCGGUCCAUCAUCGAACUGCGAAAUCCUCAAUUGCAGCGGCACAAUCUCCCACCACUUCAAGCGCGGUCUCGGCCUCAACAGCUCUGACUAUGCCGCGCGCUUCGCCACGCAUGAAGCCCGUGGCGACCUUAUCAAGACGUACAUAACCCUAGGAAAAACAAAAAUAGGCUGGGGCUGCGACCAACCCCUCGGACCCAUCUUCAAAGAGGGCAUCAAGAAAGUCUGCGGCGCCCACGGCUGCGCCGAAGAUACCUCGUACACCAAAGACGUCUCAUGGGUCGACGCCAACCUCGCCCGUUCAAAGCCGCAGAAACGCAAGCUCGAGCUCAAAGCUAAGGGUGAGUACGACUCGCAGGCUGAUCUGGACAACUACAUCAAAGCCUUUGAGGCCACUGCGACGCCGAAGACGGUUGGCACGGAGAACCGCGAGUGGUGUGAUGCAGAGGUUAGUCACUGGAUGAACGGCGGGUGCAAGGAGAUUGGAACGUGUCCAAUGCGUAUGUUUCCAAGCUUUGUUAAGAUUGCGAGGUUCAGGGGGGGAAUUUAAAGGAUAUGAUCGAUGUUACGGUUAGCACCGAUGGAGGGAAGGGUGAGUUACUACUGAUUGCUUUGCCGACGUGUAAUGCUGAAG